CUGCAUUCUCACUAUUCUCCUCAUCUUCCUCUUUUUCUCAACCAAAAGGGGUUCAAUUCUAGCUAGUUCUAUUACAUCGUCCGCGACCAUGAACAUGGCGAUCGUGCUUCUGUUCAUGGUUUUCGCAGUUUCAUCAGCUUUAGACAUGUCAAUAAUAUCACAUGACAACGCUCAUGCGGAUAGGGCCACGAGGCGCACCGACGACGAGGUGAUGUCAAUGUUCGAGGAGUGGCUGGUGAAACACGACAAGGUGUACAACGCGCUCGGUGAGAAGGAGAAGAGGUUUCAAAUCUUCAAGAACAAUCUGCGCUUUAUCGAUGAACGAAACUCUCUGAACCGAACCUACAAGUUGGGACUCAACGUGUUCGCUGAUCUCACCAAUGCGGAGUACAGAGCCAUGUACCUGCGAACCUGGGACGACGGUCCGAGGUUGGACUUGGAUACGCCGCCAAGAAACCACUACGUGCCACGUGUUGGAGAUACCAUACCCAAAUCCGUUGAUUGGAGGAAGGAAGGUGCUGUUACCCCAGUCAAAAACCAAGGAGCUACUUGUAAUAGCUGUUGGGCAUUCACAGCAGUUGGUGCGGUGGAAUCACUAGUCAAGAUAAAAACAGGUGAUCUAAUUUCAUUAUCAGAACAAGAGGUGGUGGAUUGUACUACAUCCUCUAGUAGGGGGUGCGGUGGAGGAGAUAUACAACAUGGCUAUAUCUACAUCAGAAAGAAUGGCAUCAGUCUCGAAAAGGAUUACCCUUACCGUGGUGACGAGGGUAAAUGUGACUCAAAUAAGAAAAAUGCUAUUGUUACUAUUGAUGGCCACGGAUGGGUUCCUACCCAACUUGAGGAAGCCUUGAAACAGGGCAUUGCAAAUCAGCCAGUGGCCGUACCUAUUCCAGCAGACGACUAUGAAUUUCAAUAUUAUACAUCAGGUGUAUUCAAAGGGAAAUGCGGUACAGAAUUAAAUCAUGCUCUCCUGCUUGUGGGGUAUGGUACAGAAAAAGAUGGAGAUUAUUGGAUAGCAAAGAAUUCAUAUAGUGAUAAAUGGGGAGAGAAUGGCUAUAUCAGAAUACAAAGAAAACUGAGCACUUGUAAAUUUGGAAACGGGGGUUACUAUCCCAUUAUAAAAGUCACCGAUCAACAAGCCACCAAAUAUGUGUGACAAUGGCAUCGGCUAGCUGUGCCCAUUGAGCCUUUGGAAGUAAUUAAUAACAAGGCCAAAAUUUCAAGGAGACUAUCUUUGAGCUAUUUUAUCUUUAUAUAAGUAUUGUAAUUUCUGUUCCCUAAAUCAUCUGGUUGCUGCACGUGUUGGCCCCAGAUUGAGUAUCUGUUUAGUCUAUCUACAGUAUCUAUCUAAAUAAAGGUGCGAUGGCUCUAUGGGCAUCAUUAUAAAUGCAUACUCAUUUUGUGUUUA